AUGGCUUCAUACUUACCACAAGAAGAGUUUGAAACUAACGUUUAUAAAUAUGACGAGACCCCAGAAAACAAAUCCUGGGCUUCAACCUUGCCAACACCUAAAGGUUUAUAUAACCCAGAGUAUGAGAAAGAUGCAUGUGGGGUAGGAUUCACCUGUCAUAUCAAGGGAGAAGCAUCCCACAAGAUAGUUUCUGAUUGUAGAAAUUUGUUAUGUAAUAUGACACAUAGAGGUGGUGAAUUAAAUCCCAAGGAUGGUGAUGGUGCCGGGUUGUUGUCUUCUUUACCACACAAAUUUUUCUUGAGAGAAUUUAAAUAUUACUGUAAUAUCGACUUGCCAAAAUUGGGCCAAUACGGUACCGGUAAUAUUUUUUUCAAGAAAGAUGAUGUUGUAUUUGAAAAGUCUAGAAAAACUUUUGAAAGCAUCGCUAGCACCUUAGGAUUGAAGGUUUUAGGAUGGAGAAAAGUUCCUCACGAUUCUUCCAUUUUAGGACCAGCUUCAUUAUCAAGAGAACCAUUAAUAUUGCAACCAGCAAUUGUAUUGGCUGAAUUAUUUGAUGGUGAACAUAAAGAGAUUUCAGAAGAGGAAUUUGAAAAGAACUAUCAAAUAGAAUUUGAAAAAAAAUUAUUUAUCUUAAGAAAACAAAGUACCCAUACUAUCGGAUUACACAAUUGGUUUUAUAUUUGUUCUUUGUCCUCCAAAACGAUCGUCUAUAAAGGUCAAUUGGCCCCUAAUCAAGUUUAUGCUUAUUAUCACGAUUUAGUGAAUGCUGAAUAUGAAGCUCAUUUUGCUUUAGUUCAUUCUCGUUUUUCUACCAACACAUUUCCAUCUUGGGAUAGAGCACAACCAUUGAGAUGGGCAGCGCACAAUGGGGAAAUCAACACUUUAAGAGGUAAUAAAAAUUGGAUGAGAGCAAAGGAGGGUGUUAUGGAAUCCGAAUUAUUCGGUGACGAAUUAGAUAAAUUAUAUCCUAUUAUUGAAGAGGGGGGCUCAGAUUCAGCUGCAUUUGAUAACGUUUUGGAAUUACUCGUUAUUAAUGGUGUUUUGUCUUUACCUGAAGCAGUGAUGAUGUUAAUUCCAGAAGCUUGGCAGAACGAUACCCACAUUGACUCUAAGAAAAAGGCAUUUUAUGAAUGGGCUGCUUGUCUUAUGGAACCUUGGGAUGGUCCUGCAUUAUUUACUUUUGCUGAUGGAAGAUAUUGUGGUGCAAAUUUAGAUCGUAAUGGUUUAAGACCUUGUCGUUACUAUGUUACCGACGACGACCGUAUGAUCUGUGCCUCUGAAGUUGGAGUUAUUGAAAUCGAACCAGAAAAGAUUUUGCAAAAAGGAAGGUUGCAGCCAGGAAGAAUGUUAUUGGUGGAUACCAAAGAAGGACGUAUUGUUGAUGAUCGUGAAUUGAAAAAUAAGGUUGCUUCAAGAUUUGAUUUUAAGUCAUGGGUUUUGGCUAAUAUGAUUAGCAUGGAUGAUUUAUUUAGUAAGCUAGAAUCAAGAAAUGUUAAUUUAAUCGAGACAACAGAAGCUAAAGAAAUAACAGUCCAAACUGAUCCUAGAUUAGUUGCAUUCGGUUAUUCUCAUGAACAAGUAUCAUUAGUUUUAGCCCCAAUGGCUGAAGGUAAAGAAGCUUUAGGUUCUAUGGGUAAUGAUAAUGCAUUAGCUUGUAUUUCAGAACAGCCUAAAUUGUUAUAUGACUACUUUCGUCAAUUAUUUGCCCAAGUCACUAAUCCACCUAUUGAUCCAAUAAGAGAAGAAAUUGUCAUGUCUUUAGAGUGUUAUGUUGGACCCCAAGGUAAUUUAUUAGAGAUGAAACCUGACCAGUGUAAUAGGUUAUUAUUAAAGUCCCCUAUUUUAUCUUCUUUAGAAUUGAAUGCUAUCAAAAAUAUCGAGAAAGUUUAUCCUAAAUGGUCAGUUGCCAAUAUUGAUAUUACAUUUGAUAAAACUGAAGGCAUUCAGGGUUACAUUAAUACAAUUGACAAUAUUUGCCAAGCAUCUUCUAAAGCUAUUGCUGAUGAUCAUCAGGUUAUUGUUUUAUCUGACAAGCUCACAAACUUUAAUAGAAUCCCAAUCUCUGCAUUAAUAGCCACUGGUGCAGUUCAUCAUCACUUGGUAAGACAAAAACAACGUUCCAAGGUUGCCAUUAUUAUUGAAACUGCGGAAGCAAGAGAGGUUCAUCAUGCGUGCUGUUUAGUCGGAUAUGGGGCUGAUGGUAUUAACCCAUACUUGGCUUUAGAGACUUUAAUUCGAAUGAAUGAAGAAAAUUUGUUAAAAGCUUCCUUGACGGAUAAACAGAUUAUCAAGAACUAUAAGUUAGCUGUUGAUUCAGGUAUAUUGAAGGUUAUGUCGAAGAUGGGGAUUUCAACCUUGGCUUCCUACAAAGGUGCUCAAAUUUUUGAAGCUUUAGGUGUAGACAAUUCUGUUAUUGACAGAUGUUUUUCUGGUACUGCUUCAAGAAUUAAAGGUGUUACAUUCGAAUAUAUAGCGCAGGAUGCCUUUUCUUUACACGAUUUAGGAUACCCAUCAAGAGAAACCAUCAAGCCAGUUGCAUUACCAGAGACAGGUGAAUAUCAUUGGAGAGAUGGCGGCGAUUCUCAUAUUAAUGAACCUGCAGCUAUUGCUUCGAUGCAGGAUGCAGUCAAAAAUAAGAAUGAGGUCGCUUAUGAAGCAUACUCCAAGAAAGAGUAUGAAGCAAUCAAGAACUGUACUUUGAGAGGGUUAUUAGAUUUUGACUAUGAAAACUCCCUGCCAGUUCCAAUUGAUCAAGUUGAACCAUGGACUGAAAUUGUGCGUCGUUUCUUCACUGGUGCGAUGUCUUACGGGUCCAUUUCGAUGGAGGCCCAUUCUACAUUAGCCGUUGCUAUGAAUAGAUUAGGUGGUAAAUCAAAUACUGGUGAAGGUGGUGAAGAUUCUGCUAGAUCUUUGGUUCAUUCCAAUGGUGACACUAUGAGAUCUGCUAUCAAGCAAGUUGCGUCUGGAAGAUUUGGUGUUACUUCUUAUUAUUUAUCCGAUGCGGACGAAUUGCAAAUUAAAAUGGCUCAAGGGGCUAAGCCUGGAGAGGGAGGUGAAUUACCAGGUCAUAAAGUUUCUGAACAGAUUGGUAAAACUAGACAUUCGACUCCUGGUGUUGGUUUAAUUUCUCCACCACCACAUCAUGAUAUUUAUUCGAUUGAAGAUUUAAAACAAUUAUUAUACGAUUUAAAAUGUUCCAAUCCUAGAGCAAGAACUUCUGUUAAAUUAGUGUCGGAAGUUGGGGUUGGUAUAGUUGCUGCAGGUGUUGCCAAAGCUGGAUCAGAGAACAUUUUAAUUUCUGGUGGUGAUGGUGGUACCGGUGCAGCCAAAUUAACUUCAAUCAAAUAUGCUGGUUUGCCAUGGGAAUUAGGGUUAGCAGAAUCCCAUCAAACUUUAGUUUUGAAUGACUUAAGAGGUAGAGUAAUUUUGCAAACAGAUGGUCAACUUAGAACUGGUCGCGAUAUUGCUGUCGCUGCAUUAUUGGGUGCUGAAGAAUGGGGAUUUGCAACUACACCUUUGAUUGCAUUGGGUUGUAUUCUCAUGCGUAAGUGUCACCUAAAUUCAUGUCCUGUAGGGAUUGCCACACAAGAUCCUGAAUUAAGAAAGAAGUUUACUGGUACUCCGGAACAUGUUAUCAACUUCUUUUAUUAUUUAGCAAACGAAUUGAGAAGUAUUAUGGCAAGCCUCGGGUUCAGAACCGUGAAUGAGAUGGUGGGGAGAACCGAGAAAUUGAAAGUUAGAGAAGAUUUAAGAAAUACUAAGAAUGCCAAUAUUGAUUUGUCGCCAAUCUUAACCCCUGCUCAUACGAUCAGACCUGGAGUUGCCACACAUUGUGUCAAGAAACAAGAUCAUAGAUUACAUGUUAGAAUUGAUAACAAGUUAAUCGAUGAAUCUGAAAUUACAUUAGCAAAGGGUUUGCCUGUUACUAUUGACUGCGAUGUCGUUAAUACCGAUCGUUCAUUGGGAACAACCUUAUCGUACAGAGUUUCGAAAACCUUUGGUGAACAAGGAUUACCGCAUGAUACAAUUCAUGUCAAUGUUAAAGGUUCUGCCGGUCAAUCGUUUGGUGCAUUUUUAGCACCUGGAAUCACUUUGGAAUUAGAAGGUGAUGCUAAUGAUUAUGUAGGUAAAGGUUUAUCAGGUGGUAGAAUCAUUGUCUAUCCUCCAAAGGAAUCAAAGUUCAACGCCGAGGACCAAAUUAUUGCAGGAAAUACCGCAUUUUUUGGUGCUACUUCAGGUACAGCUUUUAUUAGAGGGGUUGCCGCAGAAAGAUUCGCCGUCAGAAAUUCAGGUGCAAACAUUGUUGUUGAAGGUACUGGUGAUCAUGGGUGUGAAUAUAUGUCUGGUGGUAGAGUAGUUGUCUUAGGAUCUACUGGUCGUAAUUUUGCAGCUGGUAUGUGUGGUGGUAUCGCCUAUGUCUUAGACAUGGCACAAGACUUUGGGGAUAAGGUUAAUAGUCAAACAGUUGAACUCUCCCAAAUCACAGAAGCUUCUGAAAUUGCAUUCGUGCGGGGAUUGAUUGAGGAUCACCGCCAUUAUACGUCAUCUGCAGUCGCCGAUAAUAUUUUGAAUAAUUUCAAUAGAAUUUUACCAAGAUUCGUUAAGGUUUUACCUUAUGAUUACAAGAAGGUAUUAGAAAAUGAAAAGAAAAAGCAAGAAGAAGCAAAGAAAAAUGAGUUAAAUACGUUCAUAAAGUCUAUUAAGGAGGAUCCUGAAAGUGACGCAACUAAUGGCGAAGCUGCGAAAAUUAGGCAAGGCCAUGUUCAUCGCGCUAAUCAGGCUACAGUAUCAGCUAAGGAUGGAAGUCAUGAACCUAAGGUUUUAGAUUUGGAAGAUACCAUUUUUGACACUGAAGUUGAAAAGAAAUCUGUUGCAAAAUUAGAUAAAUUGAGGGGAUUCAUGAAAUACAAACGUCGUAAUGAGAAAUAUAGAGAGGCCAAGAAGAGAACUAACGACUGGAACGAAAUGACCUCGAGACUUACAAAGGAUGAAUUGAAACAUGAGACUGCCAGAUGUAUGGAUUGUGGUGUUCCAUUUUGUACUUCGGAUACUGGUUGUCCAAUUUCAAAUGUGAUUCCGAAGUGGAAUGAAUUGGUUUUCCAGGAUAGAUGGUACGAUGCAUUACAAAGAUUAUUAAUGACCAAUAACUUCCCAGAAUUCACUGGUAGGAUUUGUCCAGCUCCAUGUAAUGGUGCUUGUGUCUUAGGUAUUAACAGCGACCCCGUUAACAUCAAGUCUGUUGAGUGUGCAAUUAUUGAUCAUGGUUUUGAACAGGGUUGGAUUAAGCCAGAACCACCUCAAAAUAGAACUGGUAAAUCUGUUGCAGUCAUUGGUUCAGGUCCAGCCGGGUUAGCAGCAGCUGAUCAAUUAAAUAAAGCUGGACACCAUGUGAAGGUGUACGAAAGAAGCGACAGACCAGGUGGUUUAUUAAUGUAUGGUAUUCCAAACAUGAAAUUAGAUAAGAGAAUCGUCAAGCGUAGAACAGAUUUAAUGUCGGCAGAAGGAGUUGAAUUUAUUUGUUCAACUACUAUUGGCGAGGAUAUUACUGUCGAAGAAUUAAAAUCCUCGAACGAUGCAGUUGUCUUCGCGGUUGGUUCAACCAUUCCUAGAGAUCUUAGAAUCAAGGGUCGUGAAUUGAAUAAUAUCAAUUUUGCAAUGCAGCUCUUGCAUAAAAAUACUAAGGCUUUGUUAGACAAUGAUUUAGAAGAAAUUAAAAAGACGUUAGAAGGUAAACACGUCGUUGUCAUCGGUGGUGGUGACACUGGUAACGAUUGCUUAGGUACUUCAACAAGACACGGAGCCAAAUCAGUCACCAACUUUGAGUUGUUACCUAACCCACCAACGGCAAGACCAAAGGAUAAUCCAUGGCCUCAGUGGCCAAGGGUAUUUAGAGUUGAUUAUGGUCACACAGAAGUUACAGAGCACUACGGGAAAGACCCAAGAGAAUACUCUAUUUUAUCGAAAGAAUUUGUGGAUGACGGCGAAGGCAAUGUGAAAGGUAUAAAGACCAUUAGAGUUGAAUGGAAGCGUUCAGAUAGUGGGGCAUGGCAAAUGGCCGAAGUUCCAGGAAGUGAAGAAUUUUUCCCAGCAGAUGUAGUCUUGUUGUCAAUGGGUUUCAUUGGACCUGAUGCUGAUAAUUUAGAAGUUACAAAGACCAAGAGAGGUACUAUUUCAACAGUUGAGCCGAAUGGAUACAAGGUAAAUAACGAAGACAACUUGUUUACUGCUGGUGACUGUAGAAGAGGACAAUCGUUAGUUGUUUGGGGCAUUCAAGAAGGUAGACAAUGUGCCAGAGAGGUUGAUAAUUAUCUUAUGGGUUCGUCAAGAUUACCAGGUAACGGAUCAAUUGAACAGCGUAAUUUCAAAUUGUUAGAAGAAUUAGCUGAAAAAGUUUAA